GGCUUAUCAUCACAGGAUCCCACGGACUUCGGUACUUCCUCCUCGUCCUUCGACCUCGCCGAGUCGGACGAUCGAAACGACGACGAAGAGGAGGAAGAGGACGAGGAAGAGGAGGACGAUGACGAUGACAAUGACGGCAAUAAUGAUGAUUACGAUGAAGGUGGUGAAUGCAACAAGGAGAGAAACGAUAGAAAAAUAGAAGAUAGGAAAAACAUCAAGGAAGAAUUAGCGAGCUAUUGCAUUCCUAAUCAACGAUCAUCGAUUUCCUCUGGCAUCGUCGAGUCCUAUGAUAACAAAAACGAGCCGUGGGUUCCUCUCGAGUUCCUCCUAUCUUCAUCGAAAGAAACAACAGACCUCUUUGAUGCGCGAUAUCAUCCGUACCAACAAUCACACAAUCAUCGUGUCGUUCCUCGUCAAGAAUCAAGAGGAGGACCAUUGCGGAGUGUAGGAAGAGGAGGAGGAGGAGGAGAGGGCAAAGAGUUGGACUAUAUCGAAACGGUUAUUAGCACGAAUCCUAACAAUUGUCCUCGUAAACGUAGCGACAGUAACAGCAGUAGCAACAGUAGCAGCAGCGCUAUGACAACCAUCAGUACCAAUUCGAACGAUCUCCUUCGCAAACUACGCCGUAAUUCGGCGACAACCAACUCAGCGUCCUUCGUAUUUGAUCUCGCCCAAACAAGUGAUCCCUCAAAUCCACGCGACCAUUAUAUGGUACCAACGCGAAAUCCUCGCGAACUAAACGAGAGGAUCCUAUCACUUUUCAAUCCACAAUUUUUACCGAACUUCAAUGACAUGGUUAGAUACAUGGCAGCGUCCCAGCAGGAGCCGAGCAAUUCUCGAACUACUUCGAGAUCAAUCAACACUGAAACUCGUCUCUUCAGGCAUAUUAAUCGCCGAAGGAAACGAAAUAGCAUCAAUGAUUCUAUGCUCUUUCGCCAGGGACUGGUCUAUCAGGUGCCACGUGACAAAUGAACUGUCGAUCCACGAAUAUCGACAUAAAGUACGAGAAUGUUCCGAAACCGAUAUAUAAUAAACAUAUAUUCGUAUAUACGUAUAUAUAUGUGUGUAUGUGUGUAUUUAUGUAUGUAUAUAUACAUAUAUAUAUAUAUAUAUAUAUAUAUAUAUAUAUAUAUAUAUCGAAAAAUCUUAAAUCUUACAUCGCAAGAAUUAUUAAAAUACAUACAUACAUGCGUACAUACAUAUAUAUAUAUAAAUAUAUAUAUAUAUAUAUGUAUAUAUAUAUAUAUAUAUAUAUAUAUAUAUAUAUAUAUAUAGAUAGAUAACUAUGAGGUGUAAUUAUCGUACGAUACGUAGUGUCAACGUUACCUGAUUACGGCGAGAUGUGAUUUUUUCGUGUUGGUUCGAUUUCUUCGAAUUUGAAAUAUGGAAAAGGAAGAGAAUAACAAGUAGAAGAAAAAGAAGAAGAAGAAGCAGAAGAAGAAGAAGAAGAAGAAGAUGAAGAAAAAGAAGAAAACAAAAUGCUACGUCUCCUUCCGUAAAGAAGCUGGGAUAAUUUCGAUGAAGAUGAUGAAGAUGAAGAAUGAGAAAUGAUCUUCCGUCGUAGGACGCAACAACGUGGGAAUAACGAACUAUUUUUUUAAACUAAUACUCUCGACGAUUCGUUCUCCCUCCCUCCCUCUCUCUUUCUCUCUCUCUCUCUCUCUCUCUCUCUCUCUCUCUCUCUCUCUCUCUCUCUCUCUCUCUCUCUCUCUCUCUCUCUCUCUGUCUCUGUCUCUUUCCUUCCCCUCCCUUUAUCUCUCUCCCUUUUUUAAACCACUCUCUUAUCGAAUGAUCUUCUUUUCGUCGUUGGUUCGUUCGUUUGACGUCAUUUAAGAUAGACGUCAAUCUCAUUAAAUGGGAUCCAUGUCGAGAGUAACAUUCUCAUUUUCCGUUUCUCGGUAGAAGACAGCGAACGGAAUCUAGGACGAAGGACAACAUUCGAAGGAAUGAAAUGAACUGAACUGAACUAAAAUGAAUUGAACUGAACUGAACUGAACUGUAAGGAUGAAAAGGACGUAUGUAUUUAUCUAUAUACAUACGUUAUCGUCGUUUCUCGAUGUGUACCGUUGUACUAAUGUGAUAUGGAUCAGAAUAUAUAGUACUGUUGUGUGUUCGUAGAAGUGGCCUGUGUGUGUUUUGUAUAGGUGCUUAAAUAAGAAUACUAAAUGAAAAAGAAAAAGAAAGAAAGAAAGAAUGAGAGAGAGAGAGAGAGAGAGAGAAGGAGAGGGGAGGGGAAAUAAAAAGAAGAAAAAGAAGAACAAACAUAAGAAAAAAAUGGAAAUAAAAUAAAAUUGUUAUGCGUAGUAGAGACAUUACUAAUGAGCAUUCGCGCGAGACGAGGCGUGCCUUCCGUUGUACUAAUUGUUGGCAAAUUUUCUUGUACAGAUCGAUAGAAACCCAGAGAGAGAGAGAGAGAGAGAGAAAGAGAGAAAGAUAGAGAGAGAGAGAGAGAAAGAGAGAAAGAUAGAGAGAGAGAGAGAGAGAGAGAGAUAUAAAGAAACGAUUAGAAGAGGAUUAUGAAAAAAGAGAUUUCGUCAAGUGAGUAUAUAUAUAUAUAUUAUAUAUAUAUAUAUAUUAGGGCAAGUGCCUCAUUUAAAAAGUGUAUCGUUCGAGAUAUAUUACAUAGAGAAUGGAACGAUGAAUGAGAUAAAAAAAGAGAAAGAAAAAGAGAGAGAGAGAGAGAGUGAAAGAGAGAGAGAGAGAGAGAGAGACAUAUGAAGAAAGAAUGAAGAGAAAAAGAAAGAGACUUUAGAGAGACUAAUUUUGGUACUGUUGUGCACUUAUUAAUGUGCUGUGAAUAUCGGAUAAGUGGGUUUUACGAAGAAGGAGAAGAUUGAUGAAAGAAGAGGAAGAAAGAUAGAAGAUAAAGAAGUGAAAGAAAAUCCGAAACGGAGGCACACACGCACGUACGAUUCCUUUCGAUUCGUCGCGAACUCCCGUGUUCCUUUUCACGAUACUUUCGAUUUAAAAAAAAAAAUAUACAUAUAUAUGUAUACAUAUAUAUAUAUAU